AGGGCAUUGUUCGAACACGGAGCCUCGUCCACGCCAUCUACAGCAACUCGCACCUUUCCUCUGCACUUCUUGUCCACAAUGGCAUCCGCCCAGGAAUCUCUAUCGGCGACACCUGCAAACGCGCCGUCAGUACCCCAGGAUCCGAACAAGUCACAGAAAUCCCUACGAAGGAAAUACCAGAAGAUACGAUGGAUGUUCAAGAACGAAAUGCAAUCCAGCAAUGAACUCAUUCGCGAAGAACACCGUUCUAUGGCCCUUGCGCGUCGACUACAGGAGCAAAUAGAUGAGCUCCAAGAACUCCUCCUCGACAUCAACGAAGAGAAACGCCUGCCUCAACACUUCAACUACGAUAUUCGCUCUCCCUCGCCCAGUGCAUCAGUCGUGCCUUCACUCGAGACAGAACAAGAUCCCAACGCGAGCAGAGGCAAAUCGCGCAACGGCACAACAAACGGCGAUGCACCCGAUCGACUGAAGCCAAAAUCCCUUAGCUACCUGCUCGAACACACACCGCAUACGCAUUACCCCGCUGAGCACCUGCCCGAGGACCUGCUUGGAGACGAACUGCCAGGCUACAUGACGCCUGCGCAUGAGGAAGAGCAUCUCAUGGCGCUUGAUUCUGUUCUCGCCGACCCGUCGUCAUCGUCCGAAAGAGGGGGACGUCCAAUACAUAUGGUGUCGAAAGUCCCCAUCCCGUCGGAAAAGGAAGUAAGCGUUUCCAAUCCUGAUAGUGCAUACAACUGGCUGCGCCGCUACCAGCCGCAGGUCUUCCUCCAAGACCCAAAGCCCGACAACGAAGUCGCGUCGGAGAAGUCAGCACCACGAGCGACGGGCGCUGCCCGCGGGAAGCGCAAGAGCGAGGCCAAGGGCUCAGUGAAGCCGGAGGAAGAUGUCGAUGAGGAAACUGCCUUCAUCGAGGCUCCUGUUGUCACAGGUCGAGGCGGUCGAAAAAGCAAGGGUGGAGACGAUGAUGCUGCCUACAAGCCUCCAAAGGGAGGGAAGGGAGGCAAGAGGAAGAGAGAUCCUGCUGAUCGAGAGAGUACGAGCAGUCGCAAGAAGGCCAGAAACUCUGGGUCGUGAUAGAUGUUCGCGCA